CGGGGUGGGAGCGCAGGGCUGCUUCCUGGCCCCGGGUCUCAAGGGCAGCCCCAGCAACAAAGGAGCUUAUCCUUGCAUGAAUACUUGAGCAUGAGGCUGCUGAAGGAAGCCGGGGUCUCCGUCCCAGACGGGAGGGUGGCCAAGACACCGGAAGAGGCUUACAUGGCUGCCAAGAGAAUUGGCACACCGGACCUGGUGGUCAAGGCUCAGAUCUUAGCUGGUGGCCGGAGAAAGGGCGUCUUUGAAGGUGGCUUCAAGGGAGGCGUGCGAGUGGCCUUUUCUCCUGAGCAAGCCAGGGACGUUGCCUCCCAGAUGAUCGGGAAGAAGCUGUUCACCAAGCAGACCGGGGAGAAGGGCCGGAUCUGCAACCAAGUCUUGAUCUGCGAGCGCAUCUAUCCCAGGAGAGAGUGCUACUUUGCAGUCACCCUGGAGCGGUCCUUCCACGGGCCGGUCCUCAUUGGCAGUUCUCAGGGCGGGGUCAGCAUUGAGGAGGUUGCGGAGGAGAAUCCUGGAGACAUCAUAAAGGAGCCUGUGGACAUCAUGAAAGGCAUCAGAAAGGAACAAGCCCUUCUGCUGGCUGAGAAAAUGGGGUUUCCUGCUAAACUGGUACAUGAAGCAGCUGAUAACAUGAUUAAGAUAUACAACUUCUUUAUUAAAUAUGAUGCCACCAUGGUGGAAAUUAACCCCCUGGCCGAAGAUUCAGCAGGGUCAGUGAUCUGUAUGGACGCCAGAGUGACUUUUGAUAGCAAUUCCGCUUACCGUCAAGAGAAAAUCUUCAGCCUUCAGGACUGGACUCAGGAGGACGAGAGGGACCGGAAUGCAAUGAAGGCGGAUCUCAACUACAUCGGGCUGGAAGGAAGCAUCGGCUGCCUGGUGAACGGGGCCGGUCUGGCAAUGGCCACAAUGGACAUCAUAAAGCUCCACGGGGGCACACCGGCCAACUUCCUGAACGUGGGGGGUGGCGCGACGGUGCAGCAAGUGACGGAGGCCUUUAAAAUCAUCACUUCCGAUAACAAGGUGCAAGCAAUUCUGGUCAAUAUUUUUGGAGGCCUUUUGCGAUGUGAUGUUAUUGCCCAGGGGAUCAUUAUGGCAGCUGAAGAUCUGGAGUUAAACAUUCCCAUUGUUAUACGGCUCCAGGGCACACGAGUCGAGGACGCCAAGACCUUAAUAGCAGAGAGCGGCCUGAAGAUCCUGGCCUGUGAUGGCUUGGAUGCUGCCGCCAAGAUGGUCGUCAAACUCUCUGAAAUCAUGAUCUUAGCAAAGGACGCGCAGGUGGAUGUGGCGUUUCACUUGCCUGUCGAUUAA